AUGAUGGAUAACAGUAAGUGUUAACCAUGCAGAGUGACGAGGAGAGAUUCAAAGCCUCUUUUGCGCAAUCAGCUGCAGUGAAGUCAUGAUAUACUUUAACUGGUCGGCAUGGCAACAGGGGACUGGAUUCUGGAGAGCAGAGGCAGAGCAUCUGUAAAAGCAAAACACCCUAGACACAGCAUAAAAAAAUUAUAAUGCUACAAUGGUGCUAUAUUUUAGACUAUGUGCCCACUUAAAUGCAGUAACAUCCUAUUUGUUAAUGUGUCAAAUUGAUGCAAAACUAUGCUAGACUAGUACCUGAAGCGUACACUGCAUUCGCCUCCAUGAAUGUGGCUGCUUCUCAUACACUCUUGUUGUUAGACAGGUUGCCUUAUUAGUACACUUGUACUAUGCUAUCUAGCCCAUAAUAUCUCAGUAGAUGUAUUGUGCUGGGUAUGGCCUGGUACAAGGAAAAGGACCUAUCAGAGAUGUUCUUCAAAGAGGGCAAUGGACGGACAAGGACUAAAGCCUCCCUAACCAGCUUGAGGUCGACUGCUCCUUUGUGACGAACCUCUGCUUCUUUCAACACAGUUUGAAUAUAGACCCCGAGCCAUAACCUUGUCAGGAACCACUUUCAGUAGUCGUUUCUAUAAACCACAAGUAGGCCUAUGUAAUACACUUUGACUGAGUUUGAAGAUAUGUGCAUCUAUUAGGCUACUGUGAAUGCUUAGCAAACACCAUAAUGCAUUAUUGGAUGAAGGCAUUACUAAUGCAUUCAUAAUGCAUUAGCCUAUACAAAGGCAGUGUUUCCCUUAGGAUUUAUUUCAGCAGGGGUGGUAAAAGGACAUUCUACUCCAAAAUGCAUAAACAUUUAAUUAUGUUCUCUUCCUUUGAAACUCAUCUGAAAAUUGAGGACAGUUAAAUUUUAUAUCUUGAUCUCAAUGACAUCACCAGCCGAUUCUAUAUUAACAAAAAAUGAAAAUUAGCUAGCAUUUCGUUACUGUAUCUUAGCUAGCGGUGCACGGCUGCUAAAUGAAUAUAGGGGAAACACUGAAAGAUGGUUCAUAGACAAUGUUACAACAAAAUCGAAUUACAAGAAUAUGAAUGGUACUUUGGAUAGCCUAGUUAUUGAUGCUCCUGAUGCUCCUCAACUGACUGACUCUGUUAUUUGGUGUCUCCUCCCACCCCUAGUGUGUAACUUUAUGUGUCAUGAGAAGUGCCUGAAGACUGUGAGGACUGUGUGUUCAUGCAUGGCCCCGACACUGGUGCGGGUGAGUGACACUGACACCAUAAGGUUACACUGCUCUGUUACUGCUUGUGAUCUGAUGGAUGACUGCAUGCUCCUGUUGAGUGCACGCUGGCACGGCAAUCCUUUGUCAUGGUGUUUUUGAUCAUAUUCCUUUUUUGUCCAUUUGUGAACUUCAGGUCCCUGUCGCCCAUUGCUUUGGUCCAGCAGGGCAGAAAAAGAGAUUAUGCUGUGUGUGUCGAAAGCAUCUGGAGGGAAACACUGCUGUUCGCUGUGAAGGUUGGUUUUUUAAGAGCUUUCACAGCGUACAAUGCACAUACGACCCAUGGCACAAUGUACAGUACCAGUCAAAAGUUUGGACACACCUACUCAUUCCAGGGUUUUUCUUUAUUUUUACUAUUUUCUACAUUGUAGAAUAAUAGUGAAGACAUCAAAACUAUGAAAUAACACAUAAUGGAAUCAUGUAGUAACCAAAAAAUAGUUACCCUUUGCCUUGAUGACAGCUUUGCACACUCUUGACAUUCUCUCAACCAGCUUCAUGAGGUAGUCACCUGGAAUGCAUUUCAAUUAACAGGUGUGCCUUCUUAAAAGUGAAUUUGUGGAAUUUCUUUCCUUAAUGCGUUUGAGCCAAUCAGUUGUGUUGUAACAAGGUAGGGGGGGGGGUAUACAGAAGAUAGCCCUAUUUGGUCAAAUACCAAGUCCAUAUUAUGUCAAGAACAGCUCAAAUAAGCAAAGAGAAACGACAGUCCAUUAUUACUUUAAGACAUGAAGGUCAGUCAAUACGGAACAUUUCAAGAACUUUGAAAGUUUCUUCAAGUGCAGUCGCAAAAACCAUCAAGCACUAUGAUGAAACUGGCUCUCCCUCUGCUGCAGAGGAUAAGUUCAUUAGCCUCAGAAAUUGCAGCCGAAAGAAAUGCUUCACAGAGUUCCAAGUAACAGACACACCUCAACAUCAACUGUUCAGAGGGGACUGUGUGAAUCAGGCCUUCAUGGUCGAAUUGCUGCAAAGAAACCACUACUAAAGGACACCAAUUAGAAGAAGACUUGCUUGGGCCAAGAAACACGAGCAAUGGACAUUAGACCGGUGGAAAUCUGUCCUUUGGUCUGGAGUCCAAAUUGGAGAUUUUUGGUUACAACCGCUGUGUCUUUGUGAGAUGCGGUGUGGGUGAAUGGAUGAUCUCCGCAUGUGUGGUUCCCACCGUGAAGCAUGGAGGAGGAAUUAUGGUGUGGGGGUGAUUUGCUGGUGAAACUGUCUGUGAUUUAUUUAGAAUUCAAGGCACACUUAACCAGCAUGGCUACCACAGCAUUCUACAUUGAUACGCCAUCCCAUCUGGUUUGGGCUUAGUGGGACUAUCAUUUGUUUUUCAACAGUAAAAUGACCCAACACACCUCCAGGCUGUGUAAUGGCUAUUUUACCAAGAAGGAGAGUAAUGAAUGGCCUCCACAUUACCCCGACCUCAACCCAAUUGAGAUCGUUUGGGAUGAGUCGGACCGCAGAGUGAAGGAAAAGCAGCCAACAAGUGCUCAGAAUAUGUGGGAACUCCUUCAAGACUAUUGGAAAAGCAUUCCAGGUGAAGCUGGUUGAGGGAAUGCCAAGAGUGUGCAAAGCUGUCAUUUUUUAAAAUGUAUUUUAAAAUUUAACCUUUAUUUAACUAGGCAAGUCAGUUAAGAACAAAUUCUUAUUUACAAUGACGGCCUACACCGGCCAAACCCGGACGACGCUGGGCCAAUUGUGCGCCGCCCUAUGGGACUCCCAAUAACGGCCGGUUGUGAUACAGCCUGGAAUCGAACUGGGGGUCUGUAGUGACGCCUCAAGCACUGAGAUGCAGUGCCUUAGACUGCUGCGCCACUCGGGAGCAAAGGGUGGCUAUUUGAAGAAUCUCAAAUAUAAAAUAUAUUUUGAUUUGUUUAACACUUUCUUGUUUACUACAUGAUUUCAUAUGUGUUAUUUCAUAGUUUUGAUGUCUUCACUAUUAUUCUACAAUGUAAAAAUAAAGAAAAACCCUUGAUUUUUGACUGGCAGUGUACAUGCAACUUAUGGCCAAAGUUUUGCAGGUUCACUUAGUAGAAGUGUACAGGUCACGAUGUUACAAAUGAGUGAAAUCUAGCAAGCUAAACCUCAGCGUAUGUGUACAUAAGCAACAUGGCAAAGUUAACGCACAAGUUUAUACACACUAAGUACAUUCUAUGUACAUUCAAAUUAUAUUUCAACUUCCUCUGAGGAAAUCUGAUUGGGAGCUCGUCCAUCAGUGGUAGUAGUGACUUUGACAGAAGUAAUGUAACCAUUGGUUCUGGUUUCAGUUUGUGAGCUGCAUGCCCACUCUGACUGUGCUGCGUUCAGUUGUGGCGACUGCCGUCUCUGCCACCAGGAUGGGAGUCAGGACAUUGUAAGUAUCACAAGCCUUCUGUCUAAAAGGUGUAUUCUGUUCACAACUUUCAUUUAAUUCUCCCAGUGGCAUGUUAAGAUACUAUAAACUCAUUAGGCCAAGAAGCAAAACAGAAGACAAGUGCAGGGGUAGCACUUUUGAGUUAAAAUGAAAGUUACAGAUUGUAGCUUUAAAGGUCCAAUGCAGCCGUUUUUAUCUCAAUAUCAAAUCACUUCUGGGUAACAAUUAAGGAGCUUGUUGUGAUUGUUUUCAAUUAAAAUGGUCAAAAAGAAACAAAAAUAGCUUCUUAGCAAAGAUACAUUUCUUAAGCAAGAUCUUUGCUAGGACUGUCUGGGAGUGGUCUGAGUGGGGAGGGGAAACUGAAAAGUAGCAGUUAUUGGCAGAGCGGUUUGGAACUCUCUUUCUUAUUGGUCUAAUAACUAAUUUACUACCUGUUGAUGUCACCAGGCAGGGCAAAACUCCAUCCCACCAAAACAGGCUGAAAUUUCAGGCAGUAUUUCACAGUAUUAUUCCAACCUCAUAGUGUGGAAAUAUAUAUAAAACACAGGAAAAUCACAUUUUUGACUGCACUGGGCACUUACCACUUAUCACCUGCCACUGUUAAGGGAGGAAUCCUCUUGAGCCAAAGAGUUCCAUAGAGAGGCUUCGGGGCCUGAUUCUGAGCAAUCACACUGGAACGACCUAAGAGAAAUGAUGUUUGGAAGUUUGGUCCUUUUAGAUUGACAUAAAAACACAUCCAACAGGAUAAUGAGUUUAUUCCUAUGUUGUGACUGGUCUACUUAUCUUGCUUAUUGUAACACCUCUCUCUCUGUUGUCUUUUUAAAAAAUCCUCUUGUCCAAGGAUUCGUUCCCCCACCAUUGGCGGGAGGGGAACAUUCCUUCAGGUGCACGCUGUGAGGUCUGCCGACGCACCUGUGGCUCCUCAGACGUCCUGGCGGGGAUGCGGUGUGAGUGGUGUGGUAUUACGGUAAGACUCAAAACGAAAAUAAAAGGACCGCCACUAAAAAACAACUGUAGCUAAUAAUGCCAUAUAGCAUGUUGCAUGGGCUUGUUUCAACAGCGUUUGUGUCAUACUUUGCAGACACACGCUGCCUGUUAUCUCAUCGUGCCACCAGAGUGCGGCCUGGGACGGCUACGCAACAUGCUCCUUCUCCCCGCUUGCGUGCGAAUAUGCUCGAGGAACUUUAGCAAGAUGCACUGCUACCGCAUCUCUGAGAGCUGCCAGAAUGAGCUGGGUAAGCUUGUCUCCACCAUUCAUUACCCCUCCCCCUACCCAAAGCCACAUCUUCUCAGCAACUGUUUCACUCACAGAAAUGUACAUACAAAGGAAUAUUAAACAGUGUACACAAAAAAUAUACACAUUGGAAACUAUACUGAACAAAAAUAUAAACGCAACAUGUAAACUGUUGGUCCCAUGUUUCAUGAGCUGAAAUAAAAUAUUCCAGAAAUGUUCCAUAUGCACAAACAUUUGUUUACAUCCCUGUUAGUGAGCAUUUCUCCUUUGCCAAGAUAAUCGAUCCAUCUGACAGGUGUGGCAUAUGAAGAAGCUGAUUAAACAACAUGAUCAUUACACAGGUGCACCUUGUGCUGGGGACAAUAAAAGGCCAGUCUAAAAUGUAUAGUUUUGACACACAACACAAUGCCACAGAAAGCAAAUUACGGACUCCUCUUUGAAUCUGCGUAUUCCUCCAGGGCUUAGCUGUCCUGGAUCUGCACAGCUCUGCGAGGGCCUGGGAUCGGGAGAGACACUUAAGUGUUUUAGUACUAUAUCUCUUGACACAAUGAUGAAAAUAAUCAUGGCCUCUAAACCUUCAAGCUGCAUACUGGAUCCUAUUCCUACUAAACUGCUGAAGGAACUGCUUCCUGUGCUUGGCCCUCCUAUGUUGAACAUAAUAAACAGCUCUCUAUCCACCGGAUGUGUACCAAACUCACUAAAAGUGGCAGUGAUAAAGCCUCUCUUGAAAAAGCCAAACCUUGACCCGGAAAAUAUAAAAAACUAUCGGCCUAUAUCGAAUCUUCCAUUCCUCUCAAAAAUUUUAGAAAAAGCUGUUGCGCAGCAACUCACUGCCUUUCUGAAGACAAACAAUGUAUACGAAAUGCUUCAGUCUGGUUUUAGACCCCAUCAUAGCACUGAGACUGCACUUGUGAAGGUGGUAAAUGACCUUUUAAUGGCGUCAGACCGAGGCUCUGCAUCUGUCCUCGUGCUACUAGACCUUAGUGCUGACUUUGACACCAUCGAUCACCACAUUCUUUUGGAGAGACUGGAAACCCAAAUUGGUCUACACGGACAAGUUCUGGCCUGGUUUAGAUCCUACCUGUCGGAAAGAUAUCAGUUUGUCUCUGUGAAUGGUCUGUCCUCCGACAAAUCAACUGUACAUUUCGGUGUUCCUCAAGGUUCCGUUUUAGGACCACUAUUGUUUUCACUAUAUAUUUUACCUCUUGGGGAUGUUAUUCGAAAACAUAAUGUUAACUUUCACUGCUAUGCGGAUGACACACAGCUGUACAUUUCAAUGAAGCAUGGUGAAGCCCCAAAAUUGCCCUCGCUAGAAGCCUGUGUUUCAGACAUAAGGAAGUGGAUGGCUGAAAACUUUUUACUUUUAAACUCGGACAAAACAGAGAUGCUUGUUCUAGGUCCCAAGAAACAAAGAGAUCUUCUGUUAAAUCUGACAAUUCAUCUUGAUGGUUGUAAAGUCGUCUCAAAUAAAACUGUGAAGGACCUAGGCGUUACUCUUGACCCUGAUCUCUCUUUUGACGAACAUAUCAAGACUGUUUCAAGGACAGCUUUUUUCCAUCUACGUAACAUUGCAAAAAUCAGAAAUUUUCUGUCCAAAAAUGAUGCAGAAAAAUUAAUCCAUGCAUUUGUUACUUCUAGGUUAGACUACUGCAAUGCUCUAUUUUCCGGCUACCCGGAUAAAGCACUAAAUAAACUUCAGUUAGUGCUAAAUACGGCUGCUAGAAUCCUGACUAGAACCAAGAAAUUUGAUCAUAUUACUCCAGUGCUAGCUUCCCUACACUGGCUUCCUGUUAAGGCAAGGGCUGAUUUCAAGGUUUUACUGUUAACCUAUAAAGCGUUACAUGGGCUUGCUCCUACCUAUCUUUCCGAGUUGGUCCUGCCGUACAUACCAAUACGUACGCUACGGUCACAAGACGCAGGCCUCCUAAUUGUCCCUAGAAUUUCUAAGCAAACAGCGGGAGGCAGGGCUUUCUCCUAUAGAUCUCCAUUUUUAUGGAACAGUCUGCCUACCCAUGUGAGAGACGCAGACUCGGUCUCAACCUUUAAGUCUUUACUGAAGACUUAUCUCUUCAGUAGGUCAUAUGAUUGAGUGUUGUCUGGCCCAGGAGUGUGAAGGUGAACGGAAAGGCUGGAGCAACGAACAGCCCUUGCUGUCUCUGCCAGGCCGGUUCCCCUCUCCACUGGGGUUCUCUGCCUCUAACCCUGUUGCAGGGGCUGAGUCACUGGCUUGCUGGUGCUCUUUCAUGCCGUCCCUGGGAGGGGUGCGUCACUUGAGUGGGUUGAGUUACUGACGUGAUCUUCCUGUCUGGGUUGGCGCCCCCCCCUUGGUUUGUGCUGUGGUGGAGACCUCUGUGGGCUAUACUCGGCCUUGUCUCAGGAUUGUAAGUUGGUGGUUGGGGAUAUCCCUCUAGUGGUGCGGGGGCUGUGCUUUGGCGGAGUGGGUGGGGUUAUAUCCUUCCUGUUUGGCCCUGUCCGGGGGUUUCUUCGGAUGGGGCCACAGUGUCUCCGGACCGCUCCUGUCUCAGCCUCCAGUAUUUAUGCUGCAGUAGUUUAUGUGUCGGGGGGCUGGGGUUAGUUGGUUAUACCUGGAGUACUUCUCCUGUCUUAUCCAGUGUCCUGUGUGAAUGUAAGUAUGCUCUCUCUAAUUCUCUCGUUCUCUCUUUCUCUCUGAGAACCUGAGCCCUAGGACCAUACGUCAGGACUACCGGGCAUGAUGACACCUUGCUGUCCCCAGUCCGCCUGGCCUUGCUGCUAUUCCAGUUUCAACUGUUCUGCCUGCGGCUACGAAACCCCUACCUGUCCCAGACCUGCUGUUUUCAACUCUUAAUGAUCGGCUAUGAAAAGCCAACUGAGAGACCUGAGCCCUAGGACCAUACGUCGGGACUACCGGCCGUGGUGACUCCUUGCUGUCCCCAGUCCGCCUGGCCUUGCUGCUAUUCCAGUUUAAACUGUUCUGCCUGCGGUUAUGGAACCCCUACCUGUCCCAGACCUGCUGUUUUCAACUCUUAAUGAUCGGCUAUGAAAAGCCAACUGAGAUUUAUUCCUGAUUAUUAUUUGACCAUGCUUGUCACUUAUGAACAUUUUUGAACAUCUUGGCAUGGUUCUGUUAUAAUCUCCACCCGGCACAGCCAGAAGAGGACUGGCCACCCCUCAUAGCCUGGUUCCUCUCUAGGUUUCUUCCUAGGUUUUGCCUUUCUAGGGAGUUUUUCCUAGCCACCGUGCUUCUACACCUGCAUUACUAGCUGUUUGGGGUUUUAGGCUGGGUUUCUGUACAGCACUUCGAGAUAUUAGCUGAUGUAAGAAGGGCUAUAUAAAAUAAAAUUGAAAAUUGAUUGAUUAAGUUUUGAGGGAGCGUGCAACUGGCAUGUCCAACAGAGCUGUUGCCAGAGAAUUGAAUGUUAAUUUCACUACCAUAAGCCGCCUCCAACGUCGUUUUAGAGAAUUUGACAGUACGUCCAACCGGCCUCACAACCGCAGAUCACGUGUAACCACGCCAGCCCAGGACCUCCACAUCCGGCUUCUUCACCUGCGGGAUCAUCUGAGACCAGCCACCCGGACAGCUGAUGAGACUGUGGGUUUGCACAACCAAAUAAUUUCUGCACAAACUGUCAGAAACCGUCUCAGGGAAUAUCAUCUGCGUGCUCACCAGGGUCUUGGCCUGACUGCAGUUCGCCAUCGUAACCGACUUCAGUGGCCAAAUGCUCACCUUCGAUGGCCACUGGCACGCUGGAGAAGUGUGCUCUUCACGGAUGAAUCCCGGUUUCAACUGUACCGGGCAGAUGGCAGACAGCGUGUAUGGCGUCAUGUGGGCAAGCGGUUUGCUGAUGUCAACGCUGUGAACAGAGUGCCCCAUGCUGGCUGUGGAGUUGUGGUAUGGGCAGGCAUAAGCUAUGGUAACGAACACAAUGGCAUUUUAUCGAUGGCAUUUUGAAUGCACAGAGAUACCGUCACGAGAUCCUGAGGCACAUUGUCGUGCCAUUCAUCCGCCGCAAUCACCUUAUGUUUCAGCAUGGUAAUGCACGGCCCCAUGUUGCAAGGGUCUGUACACAAUUCCUGGAAGAUGAAAAUGUCUCAGUUCUUCCAUGGCCUGCAUACUCACCAGACAUGUCACCCAUUGAGCAUGUUUGGGAUGCUCUGGAUUGACGUGUACGACAGCGUUUUCCAGUUCCCGCCAAUAUCCAGCAACUUUGCACAGCCACCGAAGAGGAGUGGGACAACAUUCCACAGGCCACAAUCAACAGCCUGAUCAACUCUAUGCAAAGGAGACGUGUCGCGCUGCAUGAGGCAAAUGGUGGUCACACCAGAUACUGACUGGUUUUCUGAUCCACGCCCACACUUUUUUUUUGAAGGUAUCUGUGAACAACAGAGGCAUAUCUGUAUUCCCAGUCAUAUGAAAUCCAUAGAUUAGGGCCUAAUGAACUUUUUUCAAUUGACUGAUUUCCUUAUAUGAACUAUAACUCAGUAAAAUCUUUGAAAUUGUUGCAUGUUGCGUUUAUAAUUUGGUUCAGUGUAAAUCAAGAAAAUGAGUUUCCAGUAUGAUAUUGUAAGACUGCUAACUCCACAUAGUCAACUUUUCACUCCCUUUGUAAGCAUUCGCACUUGGGCACCUAGGCUGCCAGGAAUGACAGGUGCCUGGAGCAAGUGUCAACUUAUUGUUGGUCACUUGUUCUAGGUCAGGCAAGAUGAGUCACAAGCCAUUUGUCAAGCAAGAUGAGCAAUGGUGAACUGUGCUGGGCUUUAACCUGAAAUGAAAAAGGCAUCCAUGCUUCAGUAGACUGUUUACACACAGAAGUGAAACAAUGUGAAAGUAUGUGGGAAAAACCUGUAGCAAAUGCAACGCUCAUUCUAUUUCCUCAUUGUUUCCUUUCACGUACCUAUAACUUGAACUUUGCUUUAUCAGAUAACUUGGAAGAACUUGACAGACCUACAAAGGAGUGCCAGCCGGCAACCACACCAGAUUCAGGUAGAUACAGGAUGAGUUGUCACACUGUAUUUAGCCAAGCAUGUCCCCUUGUGAUCAUUGAAGUCACAUGUAAACAUAUAAGAUUAUUCCCAUGUUUCAGCUCGAAAAGAGAUUCCCUAACGUUUCUGGUUUAAAGCUAUUUUAACAUGCUUUAGCUCUGCUAUUUGGAGCAUGACACUGAGCUAACAGGGGUCCUACCGCUCCUGAUGUUCUGCAGCAUUAGCUAGUGCUUAGUUAUCAAAUCCAAAUCUACCCUAAUCCUAAUUAUACAGGUCCAUAGAAUUGACCACGUUGGUCUAAAGAGUGUGUUUUUUUGCAAACUGCAGGGAAGCAGGUUCUCAGGGUGUUUGAUGGGGAUGAUGCAGUCAAGCGCAGCCACUUCCGUUUGGUCUCCAUUCCUCGGAUGACCAAGAAUGAGGAAGUGGUGGUGAGAUUCUCCCCAUUCCCUAAAACCAGAUUGACACUGGAUUAAUUAAGUGCUUCAUUGUUUUAAGAGUGCAUUCAUUUCUGUUACCACAACUCCUACUACUACCACUGUAAUACUGCUCUAAUAUUGCUGAACUACUACAGCAACAACUACUAAUAGUAUUUCUACUAUCAUCACCAAUACUACCGCAGUACUAUCACUAGUAACAUCUAUAAUGAUAAUAACAAUAGUUUUGAACAACCUAAUCCAAGGUGGCCAACCCUCCUGGAGAGCUACUGGGUAUGCAGGCUUUGGCUCCACCCCUGCUCUAACACACUUGAUUAAUCUAAUAAAGGUUUCUAAGAGCAGCAAUAGAGUUAAAGCCUGCACAUCCAAUAGGUCUCUCCAGGACGAGGGUCACCAGCUCCUAAUCUCAUCCUUGUCUGCAGGAGUCAGCGUUGAGGGCCUUCUACAUCCCAGAUGACCCGCUGGACUAUGAGCUCCAAGACAACGACCAGCAGGCUCUACACAGCGACGACGUCGUCAACCGUAACGGCACCCCCGACAACAAGGCCAUCUUUAAGGAGAAUGUGCCCGAGGCAUGGCUCCUAAGGGCCAAACCUCAGGAAACAGAGGUCCUCAAGAUCUAUGCCGGCUGGCUCAAGUGAGUACUGUAUGGGGAAACUGCUCAGUCAUGGCGUAAAUUAGUGAUGCGUGGGUCAGCUGUUUGUUCACCUGCACCCGCCCGCAAUUGCUAAUAACCCAUUCGCAACCACCCCACCAUAUGUGAUAAAGGGAAAAUCUGAGGACUGCACCCGACCCUAACCCGCUAAUAUAGAAAAUGCGCUGUAGGUUACAGUCUAAGACGGCAGAACGAUUUUGACAGGGGGUGCAGGAUUUUUUUGGCCUGUUUCUGCUUAUAAUUGCCAAGCUAUUUGUUAGUCAACUUGUCUAUAAUUAGAUACAUGCAGCUUCUCUUCUGUCAUUAUAUGUUGCCCUGGAAGACUAAAUAAACUCUUGCUCAUCAAAAUAAUGUCAUAAAUCAAUAGAAUGAAUGCUUCAAUCUGAACAAAAAUAUAAAACGCAACAUGCAACAAUUUCAAAGAUUUUACUGAGUUACGGGUCAUUUGAGGAAAUUAGUCAAUUGAAGUAAAUUCUAUUCUGUAGGAGUUCAUAUUAAGGCUAUGUGAGAGGUUAUAGACCUACGGUCACGAUCGUCGUCCGAGUGAGUAGACCAAGGCGCAGCGUGUGAAACAAACAUGACUUUAUUUAAUUAAAGUUAUCAAAACAAAACACGACUCGUGAAGUCCACGGUUAACAAUACCGACACGGAACAAAAACCCACAACACCCAAGGGAAAACAUACAGUUUAAAUAUGGCUCCCAAUCAGAGACAACCAGCCGACAGCUGACACUCGUUGCCUCUGAUUGGGAGUCACACAGGCAAACAAAGACAUAGAACAACUUAGAAUACCCAACAUAGAAAAUGGACACAUAGAAUGAACACACCCUGGCUCAACAUAUAGAGUCCCAGAGCCAGGGUGUGACAGUACCCCCCCCUAAAGGCGCGGACUGCGACCGCGCCUCAACUAAAGCAAAACAGGGGAGGGCUGGGCGGGCAUACCUCCUCGGCGGCGGCUCCGGCUCCGGGCUUGCCCACCACCCUCCAACAAACCCCCCAUAGCGCCCCUGGUCCGGUCUGGCCCCGCUGGCUGGAGCUGGACUGGACGUAGCAGGAGCGGUAGACUUCAGCUCCUUAGUGGAGCAGUAGAGCGGUACCUGAAUUGGCACCGAUGACUUAGGCACGGCUUGUGCCGGACUGACGACUCGCACCCCUGGCUUGGUGCGAGUGGCAGGAACGGGCGGGGCCGGGCUGGCGACGCGCACCGUAGACUUGGUGCGAGUGGCAGGAACAGGCCGGACCGGGCUGGCGACGCGCACCGUAGACUUGGUGCGUGGAGCAGGGACAGGCCGGACAGGGUUGGCGACGCACACCGCAGGCUUGGUGCGUGGAGCAGGGACAGGCCGGGCAGGGCUGGCGACGCACACCGUAGGCUUGGUGCGUGGAGCAGGAACAGGCCGGGCUGGGCUGUCGACGCACACCGUAGGCUUGGUGCGUGGAGCAGGGACAGGCCGGGCUGGGCUGUCGACGCACACCGUAGUCUUGGUGCGUGGAGCAGGAACAGGCCGGGCAGGGCUGGCGACGCACACCGUAGGCUUGGUGCGUGGAGCAGGAACAGGCCGGGCUGGGCUGUCGACGCACACCGUAGUCUUGGUGCGUGGAGCAGGAACAGGCCGGGCAGGGCUGGCGACGCACACCGUAGGCUUGGUGCGUGGAGCAGGUACAGGCCGGGCUGGGCUGUCGACGCACACCGUAGGCUUGGUGCGUGGAGCAGGGACAGGCCGGGCUGGGCUGUCGACGCACACCGUAGUCUUGGUGCGUGGAGCAGGGACAGGCCGGACAGGGCUGGCGACGCACACCGUAGGCUUGGUGCGUGGAGCAGGGACAGGCCGGACUGGGCUGGCGACGCACACCGUAGUCUUGGUGCGUGGAGCAGGGACAGGCCGGACAGGGCUGGCGACGCACACCGUAGGCUUGGUGCGUGGAGCAGGGACAGGCCGGACUGGGCUGGCGACGCACACCGUAGGCUUGGUGCGUGGAGCAGGAACAGGCCGGACCGUACUGGGAACACACACCACUGGCCUUAAACGGGGAUCAGGAACGGGCCGGACCGGACUGGCAAUACACCUCAGUACCUCUCGCCGUGCCUCUACAACUUCCUUCCCUCCUCUCGCCAAUGGCUCCCGUAACCCGGUGGCCUUCUCUCCUCGUCUCCCAUUUCGCCCUGUGGCAGCCUCCUGCUGCCCAGUCGCCCAUGCCGUGUGCCCCCCCCUAAAAAAUUAUUGGGGGUGCCUCUCGUCCUUCCGACAAUGGCACUGCUGACGCCGCUGCUCCUCUCCUGCCUGGGUCUCCCCCUUCAUAGCCCUCCGGUACCGGACGGCCUCCUCCUCGGUAAUCUGCCCCCAACCGAGGAGGACAUCCACAAGAGUCACCUCCUGCGUGUGUUCCUGGACACGCUGCUUGGUCCUGGUAUGGUGGGUUUUUCUGUCACGAUCGUCGUCCGAGUGAGUAGACCAAGGCGCAGCGUGUGAAACAAACAUGACUUUAUUUAAUUAAAGUUAUCAAAACAAAACACGACUCGUGAAGUCCACGGUACAGUCAGUGUCCAGAUUUCAGUUUCCAUUUAACCCAUCUGAACAGUAGGCUACAGUUCCCUUGACGUGCCAUAGGCCUAUUUGAAGUCCCCGUCUUGUGACUGUCGAAUUUAUAUAGCGCCUCACAAUCAUCACACAUAGCAUAGCCGGCCGGCACUGGUAUAAUUCUCUACCACUUCACCAAAUCUUUCCCAAACAUGACUUUUCUGGCCCUCCCUUCUCUUUAGUUUCAACUCUCCAUUUCGCAGCUUUUCUCUUAUUGUAUUAAACUCCGACAUUGUCCUUUUUGCCUCCGUGGAUUGACGUUAACUUUUUCUGCCCGUUCCCAAAAGCAUUUGGUGGUUGGCGUGUAGGCUAUUUGGCGCAUUUGCACUUUGGCCUUAAAGCUUAGGCUUACGCACUAAUGCCAGGUAGCCUAAAAUAAUGAAAGAAAAACCUCAAUGUAGCCUAUAGAUCUAAAUUGCACAAGAAUGAUAAAUGAAUGGAUUUUUUGAUGUAUUGUUUUCUCUUUAUUCAGCCCGCCUGCCAACCACCCGCCCUUCAUCCAGACAAUAUUGAAUGACCCUAAACCCGUCCGCCCAGCUGAUAUAACCACAUCACUAGUGCAAAUCUCAAAUGCGCUAAUGAGUCAAUCUCAAAGGACUCAUUAGGCAUCAGAAAAUGCUUUGGUCAAAAGAGCGUUAUGCCAGUAAUCCAAAGGUCGCUGGUUCGAAUCCCCGAGCCGACUAGGUGACAGUUGCCCUCAUACCAUACCUUUGAUAUCUCCCAUCUCUACUACCUGGGUCUGUUUACAGGGUUAUUGUGGCAUACAUAUCCAUCUCCAAGAACAGCACUGUGGAUUCUGUCAUUAAGGAGGUCCUCACUCAACUGGGAAGACAGGUACAGAUUACCAGCAGGUCACCAACAUAACACAACCACUCCACCUUAAAUACAGCUUGGCACAAGUACUGUAUGGGCGGCAGGUAGCCUAGCGGUUAAGAGCGUUGGGCCAGUAAGUCGCUCUGGAUAAGAGCGUCUGCUAAAUGCUUCAAAUGUAAAUGUAUUGUACCCGAAAGUUUAAAUUAAUGGUUGAACUAUUGCUCUGACUAUAUAAAUGUAUCUGUUAAUGACAACUCUAGUUCAAUACUCUUGUUUGGUGAUGCUCUUUUCUCUAGGAUGAAGACCCAUCAAGCUUCAAUCUUGUGGAAGUUUACAUGGGCAGUAAGCAAGGUAAGGAAAUAGGAAACAGGAAUAUGUCUGACCUAUACAUCAAUGCUGGCCUUUUACAUAGCAUAAGAUGUCUCUUACUCUGUUGAUAUGCCUUCAUUACUGUAUCAAAGUUCACUGAUGGUGUGCGUUCUUUCUUUCUUUCUUUCUCCACAUCCAGUUCAGAGACAAGUGCUAACAGGCCAGGAGCUGCUGCUGGACAAACUGCAAGAGAUAAGAAAGGUAUAGUAUGAGGAACUUCGACCUGACAUUCAGGUUUAUGGGUCAUUGGGGGUGCGUAUGUGUGUGUAGGUGUUUAUGAACAGGAGUGUCUGUCACGAUCGUCGUAAGCAACGGACCAAGGCGCAGCGUGAUAUGCGUACAUCUUUUAAUGAGUACUUAAUAACAAUUUACUAAACGAUACGUGAAGUCCUAAGGUUAACAAAACACAAACCUCUCCGGAACAAGAUCCCACAAAAGACAAGUGCACAACAGGCUGCCUAAGUAUGGUUCCCAAUCAGAGACAACGAGCCACAGCUGUUUCUAAUUGGGAACCACCCCGGCCAACAUAGAAACACAUAAACUAGAACAAGAACAUAGAAAACGAAACAUAGAACCUAACACCCAGAAACUAACACAUAGAAACUAAUACCCUGGCUCAACAUAUAAAAGUCCCCAGAGCCAGGGCGUGACAGUGUGUGUUCAAUCUGUAUCCUUUUGCUUCUGACAGAUCUCCCUAAGGCAGAUGAACCAGACCCGUUUCUACAUAGUGGAGAGCAGGAACCAGGUUGUGCAGGUCAACCUGCUGGUAGAGAGACUGCCUAUACAGCUGAGCAAGGAGGAAUAUGCAGACCUGCUGCAGGAGCACUUAGCUAUGAAGAGUGAGUCUACACACAUCGGAUCAUGAUUCCGCUCCUUUGCAAUAAAUAAAACGGACGGAAUCCCACUGGGUUCAGUGCCGUCCCCCUUUCAUUUCACUUUACCCCAGAGAUCCUCCUGAACAUUUUCCUUGAAAUGGACUAUAGUUGAUUUAAAUGUGAUUAAGACUGUUGUUAACUGACUAGAUGUGAAUCUGCUCUCCUCUUCUCCCCUGCUCCAUAGGUCACUUGGUCACCAUCACACAUGUUUACGGGAACCAAGGUGGGUACGUCGCCAUGGAAACAGCCAAUGGAGCACCACCCUCCGUUCUCCACCCCCCAUCCAUCUCGUCCCCCUCUCUCAUCCUGCUGUCCACUCCCUGUUGUCACACUUUCUUCUCCCCACAAUCCCCUCCCUGUCCCCUUCCCUAUGCCCUCAUUCCACAUCAUCCCCAGACGGCCUGUUCUGGGCCGUGUCUCUGCUUGACACUGCUCAAGUCACUGCUGUGUUGCCGCAGGCCACUGCAGCAGGUUCCUGCCCCAUUCAGUGUUACAUAAGUCCCUUUCUUACAGACUGUGAGUGCCCCACUGCUGCUGCCACUGCCCAAGAGCUAAAUGGUCCAUUUAUAGCACGCCUUCUGUAUAGCCCACAGCCAUUUAUCUUGUGAUGUCUUUAUUAUAAUAAACAAUUUCAACGUGGAGCACUUUUAGUGUAUUACAUACAAAGUGCUAAAUGUCAUCAUAACAUUGAAUGUGGGAGUUCAUCGAUUCCGAGGUUUGCCUGUCUGUCUAUCUGUCUGCGUUGAAGGUGCAGUGGUGUUGCAGAUAUCGUGUUUCUCUGAGGCUGAGAGGAUCUACAUGUUAGCCAAAGACACGUCUGUCAGCAACCAGCAGCUCACCUCCCUCGUCCUACCAGAGAUCAUGGUAAUGCUACGUCAAUGUGACGUAAACAAACCCAGAUCACAGUUGAAAGUGUAAUUUACGUGAACUGAACUUUGAAAGAAGCUGGCUUGCUUUACUCCAUUGACAGUGCUGUUGUUGUAACUCCCCUGCAGCACAACAAGUUGCCCAAAGGUGACUCGCCCCUACUGGUGUUUGUCAACCCCAAGAGCGGCGAGCUGAAGGGCCAAGAGCUCCUCUACGGCUUCCGGAAGCUUCUGAACCCCCACCAAGUGUUUGACAUGACCAACGGGGGACCAUUGUCUGGGUGAGACAAAUGGUGGUUAUCCUCAUUCAGCAGUGUGAUGUCAGAGCUGUUGUGUUUGUAGAAGGGGGGUCUGUGUUGUGCAAUGUUAUUUUUCCCGCAAGGUCUUUGGAAAUUGUUUUGUCUACCAUGUAUGUUUGUGAGCCAUGACACGGACACAAAGAAAUGUCAACCAGUGAAUAUAUGAUUGACAAUAAAUAUAUAUAUUGUUAUAUACACUGAGUAUACCAAAAAUUAGGAACACCAUCCUAAUAUUGAGUUGACUCCAAUGCUUCCCACGGUUGUGUCAAGUUGGCUAGAUGUCCUUUGGGUGGUGGACCAUUCUUGAUACACAUGGGAAAGUGUUGAACUUGAAAAACCCAACAGCGUUGCUGUUCUUGACACAAUCCGGUGCGCCUGACACGUACUACCAUACCCCGUUCAAAGGCUCUUAAAUCGUUUGUCUUGCCCAUUCACCCUCUGAAUGGCACACAUCACAAUCCAUGUCUCAAUUGUCUCGAGGCUUAAAAAUCCUUCGUUAACCUGUCUCCUCCCCUUCGUCUACACUGAUUGAAGUGGAUUUCACAAGUGACAUCAAUAAGGGAUCAUAGUUUUCACCUGGUCAGUCUAUGUUUUGUAUACUCCGUGUAUGUCAUUUUCUAUGUAACAGAUAUAUCUAACUAGGCUACAAAUCUAACUUGUAUUUUUCUUCUAUCCUCCACAGACUCCACAUGUUUAGGGAGGUGCCCCGCUUCCGGGUGCUGGUGUGUGGGGGAGAUGGGACAGUGAGCUGGGUCCUGGGAGUCCUGGAGGACAUCAGACACAAGCUGGUCUGUCCCGAGCCCCCCAUCGGCAUUGUCCCACUCGGCACAGGUGAGCGGGACCCCUGAGGACACACCAUUCUCUUCUAAUUGCUGUAGUGUGCAUAGGUUAGCUUUAAUCAGCUCACAUCAGUAGUUGAACUAUUGGAUUUAAGAUUUUUUCCCAAUAAUCCCCCCCUAAUGCCUCCCAUCAGGUAACGACCUGGCGCGGAUCCUGCGCUGGGGGGCGGGCUACAGCGGAGAGGACCUCCACCACAUCCUGGUGUCUGUGGACGAGGCGGAGGAGGUGCAGAUAGACCGUUGGACUAUUCUGCUGGAUGCACAGGAGAUCACAGAUGACGGCAAGGAGAACUGCUUCCUGGAACCACCAAAGGUCCAAUCAGAAUAAUGCAGUUUUGAUUCAUGUUUUUGCCAUUAUAGUUUUAUUGUUUACUUUCGCAAUAUAACAAUGCACACAAAACAAUAACUUGACAAACAUGAAUAGAAAUAGAAAGACAUGAUUUAUGUUAUAACUAUUGCCAUUGUUAUAACAACAUUGCCAUUUAAUCGAUGCAUGAGUGCACUUGUUGGCGUUGCCGUUCAACUGGUGGUCUCCCUUGUUGCAGAUAGUGCAGAUGAACAACUAUUUUGGGCUGGGCAUCGAUGCUGAGCUCAGUCUGGACUUCCACCAUGCCCGUCAAGAGGAACCAGGAAAGUUCAACAGCAGGUAGGAGACCACCUCCGGUGAGAAGUUGCUUUUUAAAAUAUCCCCAAAAAGGGAAUAUCCCCAAAACGACUUAUCUUUGGUGUCUGUGUAGGUUCCACAACAAAGGUGUGUACCUGAAGGCGGGUCUGCAGAAACUGAGUCACACACGGAACCUUCACAAGGACCUCAAACUGCAGGUGGACAAACAAGACAUAGAACUGCCCAGCAUAGAAGGCCUCAUCUUCCUAAACAUCCCCAGGUAGCAAAUACACACACAAGCACAAACGGCUAAACUCUACACACGGCUGACAAUCAGACACUCAUGACGCAUGACAUUCACUUCAAGAUGCAUGCUCCUAAAGAAGAAUGGCCUCACGCACUGGCUUAUACACACUGGCCCCUGACCCACUCACACCUUAAGUACGUACAUAUUGAUCGGAAACACUGCACUUACAACUGCGUGUGUGUAGCUGGGGCUCCGGGGCAGACCUGUGGGGAUCAGAGGGUGACUCGCGCUACGGGAAACCUCGCAUUGACGAUGGCAUGCUGGAGGUGGUGGGGGUGACCGGGGUGGUACACAUGGUGAGUUCAUCACUCACUACAAGUCUUUCCUUACUCUGUUGAGUAUGUCCUGUUACCACAAAGAAGAGAUCAGCGUUAAACCUUAUCCCAGUGAUACAGAAUGUUUUAUCCAGAUCAAAAUGUAAAAAACGGUCAUUGAUAUGUAGUGUAUAUACUCUCAUUGGCCAGUUUAUUAGGUACACCAGUCCGUUCACAAAAAUGGAUCGCUCCUACAGACAGUGAGUCACGUGGCCGUGGCUUGCUAUAUAAAACAGGCAGACGGGCAUCGAAGCAUUCAGUUACUGUUGGAUUUGAACGUUAGAAUGGGCUAAAUGAGUGACCUAACCGACUUUGAGCGUGGUAUGAUCGAUGGUGCCAGGCACGCCGGAUCCAGUAUCUCAGAAACGGCCGCCCUCCUGGCCUUUCACGCACAACAGUGUCUAGGGUUUACAGAGAAUGGUGCGACAAACAAAAAAGUCAGCGGCAGUCCUGUGGGUGAAAUGAGAGAGGUCGAAGGAGAAUGGCAAGAAUCGUGCAAGCCAACAUGCGGACCAAAGACAAACAGAACGGCAUCUUGUGCAGAACGGCAUCUCGUCACGGGUGGGCUAUUGCAGCAGACGUCCACACCGGGUUCCACUCCUAUCAGCUAAAAACAAGAAGAAGCCCUCCACAGCCUCAUAGAGGAUCUAGAUACAUUUUCUAACCUCUCUGGGUUACAACCAAAUUAUGAUAAAUGUACUAUAUUACGUAUUGGAUCACUAAAAAAUCCAAUUUUGACAUUACCAUGUAGUUUACCAAUAAAAUGGUCUGAUGGUGAUGUGGAUAUACUCUGAAUACAUAUCCCAAAUGAAAUAAAUGAUCUCACUCCAAUACAUUUGAAUAGAAAGUGAGCAAAAAUAGAUAAGAUCUUGCUACCAUGGAAAGGUAAAUACCUGUCAAUUUACCCUGAUUAAGUCUUUAGUAUUAUCCCAGUUUACCUAUUUGCUUAUGGUCUUGCCUACGCCUAGCGAACAGUUUUUUAAAUUAUAUUUGGAACGGCAAGCCAGACAAAAUUAAACGGGCCUAUUUAUAUAAUGAAUAUGAAUUCGGAGGACAAAAAUUAUUAAAUAUUAAAGCAUUAGACCUAUCACUAAAAGCUUCAGUCAUACAAAAGUUAUACUUAAAUCCGAACUGGUUCUCUAGCAAAUUAGUAAGAUUGUCUCACCCAAUGUUCAAGAAUGGCCUUUUUCCUUUUAUUCAGAUUACAACCUCUCACUUUCAGUUAUUUGAAAAGGAAAUCAUCUCCCAAAUAUCACUAUUUCUAAAACAAGCCAUAGAAAGUUGGUUGCAACGAAAUGACAGAUCAAAUAAUGCAACAAAUAUUGUGGUUAAACUCAAAUAUACUAAUUGAUUAAAAAAAUGUUAUUUUUAGAAAAAUCUUUUAAAAAGGGAUAAUCUUCGUAAAUGAUAUCAUAGGUAGGACUGGUGGAGUUAUGACGCACAUACAGCUAACAAAAACAUAUGGAAAUGUCUGCUCUACCCAAAAUUACAACCAAAUAAUUGCAGCAUUACUGCAAAAAUGGAAGAGGAAAGUGGAAGGUGGAGAAAGUAAGGAACUUGUCUGUCGGCCCUGCAUUAAAGAACAUAAUUGGUUUAAAGAAAAUUGUGAUAAAUAAAAAAGUAUACCAGUUUCAUUUAAGGACCAAAGGAUUGACACCCGUCCCAUAUAGAUUGCAAAAUAGUUGGGAAGAGAUUUUUGACGUACCGAUUCCAUGGCAUAAUGUUUAUGAAUUGAUACGCACAUUUUUCAAUUUAAAUUAUUAUACAAAAUUAUUGCUACCAAUAGAAUGUUAUUUAUAUGGGGGAUACGAUCUUCCCAGCUCUGCAGAUUUUGCUGCGAAGAGACAGAAUCAUUAGAUCAUUUGUUUUUGGACACAGGUCCAGAAAUGGCUAAAGGAUUGCAAUAUUUACUUGGAGCUAACCCUGCAGAUAGCACUACUGGGUGAUCUGAAAAGUCAUAGUCAAUCGAUCAAUAAUAUAAUAACAACAAGAUAACUAAUGUAAAGCAUACUGUGUCCAUAAUAAGUAUAUAGGUUAUAGGUUGAGAGUUUUUGUGAAAGAGCACAGAUAGAAAGAUAUGGCAUAUAGAAGCAAACCGGAUGGACAUCAUGAAAAUGAUCGGAGAGUUUGAGGCUAGAGGAAGUUCAGGAGUAAAAACAAACAAAAUAUAAUUAUUGUAAAAUUUAUUGUGUCCAUAAAAUGUAUAUAGUAUGUAUAAGCUGGAAGUAGAGGCCUAAGCAUUGUUGUUCACUAGUUUACUCCAAUUAGGGAAGGGGUGGUGGGGUUGGAAAGUAAUAAAGGGAAAUAUAUAUUUUAAAAGGAUAUGUAUAAAUAUGUAUGUACAGUGGCUUGUGAAAGUAUUCACCCCCCUUGGCAUUUUUCCUAUUUUGUUGCCUUACAACCUGGAAUUAAAAUUGAUUUUUUGGGGGGUUUGUAUCAUUUGAUUUACACAACAUGCCUACCACUUUGAAGAUGCAAAAUAUUUUGUGUGAAACAAACAAGAAAUAAGACAAAAAAACAGAAGACUUCAGCGUGCAUAACUAUUCACCCCCCCCCCAAAGUCAGUACUUUGUAGAGCCACCUUUUGCAGAAAUUACAGCUGCAAGUCUCAUGGGGUAUGUCUCUAUAAGCUUGGCACAUCUAGCCACUGGGAUUUUUGCCCAUUCUUCAAGGCAGAACUGCUCCAGCUCCUUCAAGUUGGAUGGGUUCCGCUGGUGUACAGCAAUCUUUAAGUCAUACUACAGAUUCUCAAUUGGUUGAGGUCUGGGCUUUGACUAGGCCAUUCCAAUACAUUUAAAUGUUUCCCCUUAAACCAUUCGAGUGUUGCUUUAGCAGUAUGCUUAGGGUCAUUGUCCUGCUGGAAGGUGAACCUCCGUCCCAGUCUCAAAUCUCUGGAAGAUUGAAACAGGUUUCCCUCAAGAAUUUCCCUGUAUUUAGCGCCAUCCAUCAUUCCUUCAAUUCUGACCAGUUUCCCAGUCCCUGCCGAUGAAAAACAUCCCCACAGCAUGAUGCUACCACCACCAUGGUUCACUGUGGGGAUGGUGUUCUCGGGGUGAUGAGAGGUGUUGGGUUUGCGCCAGACAUAGCGUUUUCCUUGAUGGCCAAAAAGCUCAAUUUUAGUCUCAUCUGACCAGAGUACCUUCUUCCAUUUGUUUGGGGAGUCUCCCACAUGCCUUUUGGCGAACACCAAACGUGUUUGCUUAUUUUUUUCUUUAAGCAAUGGCUUUUUUCUGGCCACUCUUCUGUAAAGCCCAGUUCUGUGGAGUGUACGGCUUAAAGUGGUCCUAUGGACAGAUACUCCAAUCUCCGCUGUGGAGCUUUGCAGCUCCUUCAGGGUUAUCUUUGGUCUCUUUGUUGCCUCUCUGAUUAAUGCCCUACUUGCCUGGUCCGUGAGUUUUGGUGGGCGGCCCUCUCUUGACAUGUUUGUUGUGGUGCCAUAUUCUUUCCAUUUUUUAAUAAUGGAUUUAAUGGUGAUCCGUGGGAUGUUCAAAGUUUCUGAUAUUUUUUUAUAACCCAACCCUGAUCUGUACUUCUCCACAACUUUGUCCCUGACCUGUUUGGAGAGCUCCUUGGUCUUCAUGGUGUCGCUUGCUUAGUGGUGUUGCAGACUCUGGGCCUUUCAGAACAGGUGUAUAUAUACUGAGAUCAUGUGACAGAUCAUGUGACACUUAGAUUGCACACAGGUGGACUUUAUUUAACUAAUUAUGUGACUUCUGAAGGUAAUUGGUUGCACCAGAUCUUAUUUAGGGGCUUCAUAGCAAAGGUGGUGAAUACAUAUGCACGCACCACUUUUCCAUUAUUUAUUUUUUAGAAUAAUAAAAAAAAAAGGUUAUUUUUUUCAUUUCACUUCACCAAUUUGGACUAUUUUGUGUAUGUCUAUUACAUGAAAUCCAAAUAAAAAUCCAUUUAAAUUACAGGUUGUAAUGCAACAAAAUAGGAAAAACGCCAAGGGGGAUGAAUACUUUUGCAAGGUACUGUAUAUGUAUUUAUAUGUAUGUAUGUGUAUAUGUGUGUAUAUAUAUAUAUAUAUAUAUAUAUAUGCGAGAGAAAAAAACAUAUGGGGGAUUGGAAGUGAUGCAGACAAUUACAUUGAUGGAAGUUACAAUCUAUCUGCAAUAUUAAAGCUGAUCUACCCCCUUUAAAAAAAAAAACGGCUCCAGUGGGCACACGAUCACCAACACUGGACAAUUGUGGAGUGGAAAAACAUCUGGUCUGACAAAUCCCAGUUCCUGUUGCGUCAUUGCAGACUCAGGAUUUGGCGUAAGCAGCAUGAGUCCAUGGACCCAUCCUGCCUGGUGUCAACAGUACAGGCUGGUGGCGGUGGUGUACCGCCGUCCAAUCUGCAGCAACUGCAUGAUACCAUUGCAUCAGCAUGGACCAACAUCCCUGUGGAACGUUUACGACUUGUAGAAUCCAUUCCCCGAAUUAUUCAGGCUGUUCUGGUGGCAAAGGGUGGUCUGAUCCAGUACUAGCUGGGUGUACCUAAUAAACUGGCCGGUGUAUUGAUGUAUAGCGUUAAAAUCAGUAUAGCAGUAAUACUUUUUGUAUACAUGUACUGUAAAAAGUUAUAUCUAUAUGUGUGUUGUUUUGUCCAGGGCCAGGUGCAGAGCGGCAUGCGCUCUGGGAUCCGUCUCGCCCAGGGCAACUAUGUGCGUAUCACGGUGACCAAGCCCAUCCCUGUGCAGGUGGACGGAGAGCCCUGGAUCCAGGCCCCCGGACAUAUCAUCAUAUCUGCAGCAGGCCCAAAGGUAACAGCUUUUUGUUACUAUAUUGGGACAAAUAGUUACAAUUUCACUGUGGUAUCCUUCACUAUGGUUGCGAACCUCCCAUACCUAUCUAUAAAGUCAACAGCUAUUAAGUAAUCGUGUCCUUGUUGUUGUGUUCAGGUGCGGAUGCUGAGGAAGUCCAAACACAAGCAGAAGCAGCAGUGUGCCAGCCUAAAAGAGGGGAGAUCUGAAAGCCCUUCGUCCAGCGAUGGGGGACACUGACGCCCCC